GGCUUGAUGUAACUGGUUCAAUGACUGCUACCAAAGGGAAGGCGUAUGAAAUUAGCUUCAUUUUAUCCAUGAAUGAAGAGAAAUCCUUCGGUUGGGAAGAUCCUGUUUAUGUGAUGGCAAGGAUAGGAGAGAAGGGAGAGUAUACGCGCGUAAAAAUAGAUCUAUCGAAGUUAGGCCUGAAAGAAGAGGAAUUUCCAGAGGAGAAGUGUCGGGUUGAUUUUAGAAGUGAUGAAAACUCUGAAAAUAAUAAGAAAACACUCUAUUUUGGCUUGUAUGAGGUGUGGACUAACCACUGGAAGGGUGGUCUACGGAUCCAUGAGGCCAUUGUUCGGGAAGUAACAGCUGAGGAUUCUGCUUCUACGUCUAAUACCCGUUCGGACGACUCCAAAGUGCAAGAAGUAACAGCUGACAAUUCUACUUCAGCAUCUGAAAGCGCUCUGGACAAAGGCUGUUUUGAGGGUCAAAAUCUAUUUCCAAUGCCUACUUCCAGGAAUUUUCAGUGAUUUGAUUUCUAAUCCGGAUCUCCAUCUGACUAUUUAUCUGUUUUUCGUAAGUGUCAUAUUUCAAGUUAUUUUCAUUUUCUUAGUCAGCGCAUCUAUGGCAAACUUAUAUUAUACAAUGUUAAGACCCCAGUUAUUUGGUUAUGGAUUGAAUAAGAACUAUAUAUAGACUUAA